AUGAUACUCAAACAUUAUUCAGUCAAGAUCAACAAUCUCAUCCAGAAUGACAAAGUCCAUUACUAAAUCAUAGUGACCAAUGUGAACAAUCCUGCAGAUACUAGAACAACAAUGAACAGAUAUUCAGAACUCAAGGACCUUCAUGAACAAUUGAUAAAAAACAUCAAUCUCCUCAAACUCUAGUUAUAAUUGCCUGAAUUCCCAAAAAGAUCGCUCUUCUCCAAAACCAACAAGAAUCAAGAAAAGAUCAUUCAGAGACAACAAGAAUUAGAACUUUAUUUCAAUCAGCUAUUCAGCAUUGACAAAGUUUUAAGUCUGCCUCCUGUCCAAUCCUAUUUGCCUAUUGAAACCCCUUUCAAUUAGUAAAUGAAAAUCACUGUCUCCAUUGAAAGCUAUACGGUUUAUGAUGAUGUCGUAAUCUACUCUAUGAGAUUUAAGAACAAAAUCACAAAAGAGGAAUGGAUCUACAAGCAGAGAUACUCAGAAAUCAAGAAUAUUCAUGAUGCAUUGGUUGAGCAAGGAUACAAAGGUAAAUUACCUCCAUUCCCUACUCGUAAGCUUUUUGGCUAAACCAAUGAAAAUCCAGAGACAAUCGAAAAAAGAAGAGAAGAUCUUGAAGUCUACCUCAACGCUAUUUUUAGCACUCAAGAAAUAUACGACAAUGAGAUCAUCCAAUUUCUGAUAUCAGAUUCUAAGAAAUAUUUUGAAACCAAUAAAAAAUAGGAAGAGUAGAAGAAAGCACAAGCCUGAAGGUUUAAUGAUUCAAAUUUACUAAAACAACUUAUUUGGUUAUCUAUUCUA